AUGGCUCUUCGACGCGCUUGGGCUCUCUCGGCGCUGGCUUCGGCUCUUGCCUCCUCCCUCUAUGAUCUGACAGCUGUAGAUGUCGACGGGAAGAAGGUUCCCCUUGCCUUGGAAGGCAAUGUCAGCGUCGUCAUCAACGUGGCAACCAACUGA